CUCCUCGUGAUGACAGCUCGCGUCGUUUAGACGGCAGGUUUGCAGUUAGCAAAAAGGGUGGCUGGCUAACGUUAGCUAGCGCCGUGAUUUGCUUUUCUCCAGUAAUUAUCGUUGAGGACACGACACAGACAGUGAAAAACUCACUGCCACAGAGCGGGAAUACCCACAAUUUAGGGGACACGCGAAAGGCAUUUCACUUGCUAGUGUCAGUAUGGUGAAGCCGGACAUCCUGACGCUAGCGCACCACCUGAAGCAGGAGCGUCUCUACGUGGCGUCGGAGAAACAGCUGAUCCAGCGGCUGAAUAACGACGUCCUGAAGACGGCCGAGAGGCUCUACAGGGCAGCAUGGAUCGCAAAACAGCAGCGGAUCAACCUGGACAGACUCAUAUUCACCAGUGUUGAGGCGUCCCCUGCUGAGUGCUGCCAGCAUGCGCGUGUGCUGGAGGACACCCAGUUUGUAGACGGCUACAAGACACUGGGCUUCCAGGAGAGUCUGUAUGGGGAGUUCCUGUGGCGCCUGAGGGAGAACCCUCGCCUGGUGGCCUCAUGCCUGGUGGCCGGGGAGAGGCACGGACAGGAGCACACACACUCCGUCACACACACCGUCUUCACGUCACUAUACGGCAACGGCAUCAUGCAGGAGGACGAGAGCUACCUACUACAGGUGCUGCGUUACCUGAUAGAGUUCGAGCUGAAGGAGAGUCCUGAUCCGCGUCGUCUGCUGCGUCGCGGCACGUGUGCGUUCAGCAUCCUGUUCCGUCUCUUCUCGGAGGGCCUGUACGCCGCCAAGCUCUUCCUGACGGCCACGCUGCACGAGCCAAUCAUGCAGCUGCUGGUGGAGGACGAGGACCACCUGGAGACGGACGCCGCCAAGCUGACGGAGCGCUACACGCCCGCGCAGCAGCAGAGGCUGUUUGGGGAGAAGGGCAGCGACGCGCACCGCACACGCGUACAGGCGGCCGUGGAGGCCAACGAAGCCAAACUAGUGGCACUGGUCAACAGCUUUAUAGGGUGUCUGCGUAAGAACACGUACUGCUUCCCCCAGUCUCUGCGCUGGGUUCUGUCCCAGAUGUUCCGCACGCUGGCGCGGGUGGAGGGCCUUCAGGUGGGCGAGGUGCGCGCCAUGGUAACGGACCUGCUGCUCGCCUGCUUCAUAUGCCCUGCUGUGGUCAGCCCCGAGCAGUACGGAAUCAUCAGCGACGCCCCCAUCAACGAGGUGGCACGCUUCAACCUCAUGCAGGUGGGGCAGCUCCUGCAGCAGCUGGCUAUGGUGGAUGCAGAUGAUGGAGACCCCCGCAGGAAAAGCACCCUGUCCAAAUGUGACAAGAGUUGUGUGUCAUCGUUCCUGGACGUUGUGAUUGGUGGUCGUGCCGUGGAGACUCCGCCCAUGUCCUCCAUGAACCUUCUAGAGGGACUCAGCAGAACAGUCGUAUACAUCACACACACACAGCUGCUGACACUGGUGGAUUUUGUGCGUAACGUUGUGGGCGGUGACCAGCUGCGUGAGGAGGACCAGGUUGCCUUGGAGACGCUGCUCACCAACGUUCCGCAAGCACAACAGUCGCGCACCGUCAAGAGCAACAGUCUGGAACUCACACCAUCAAACACACCACAACUGUCACCCGCCACUACGCCCGCCAACAAGAAGAAUAGACUACCUAUAGGUUCGCGUAGCCGUAGUCGUACCAACAUGAACCAGGAGGGGGAGCCGGAGGGCAGCAGCCAGGAGUCGCUACACGAGGCGCCACCAGAGGAAGUCCUGGUCAUAUCACUAGGAACCACGCCACAGACCGUACCCGGCAUGAUGUCAGAAACAGAGGUGUUGUCUCUGCAGAUGUCUGAGGGUGCUUCAGGUGACGCCCCAGCUGACGAGGCCAAACUACACGGCAAACCGGACAAGACCCUCAGAUUCUCACUAUGCAGCGAUAACCUGGAGGGAAUAUCAGAGGGCCCAUCUAAUCGCUCUAACUCUGUGUCUUCGCUGGACCUGGAGGGGGAGUCUGUGUCUGAGCUGGGGGCCGGACCGUCAGGCAGCAACGGGGUCGAGGCACUACAACUACUGGAACACGAGUCAGCCACCACGCAGGACAACCUGGAUGACAAGCUGCGUAAGUUUGAGAUCCGGGACAUGAUGGGUCUGACGGAGGAUCGAGACAUUUCAGAGACCGUCAGCGAAACCUGGAGCACAGACGUACUGGGCAGCGACUUCGACCCCAACAUGGACGAGGACCGGCUACAAGAGAUCGCAGGUGCUGCGGUUGAGAACAUGCUGGGUAGUCUGCUGUGUCUGCCCGGUUCUGGCUCGGUUCUCCUGGACCCGUACGGAUCCACCAUCUCCGAAACCACCAGCGAGGCCUGGAGCGUGGAAGUGCUGCCUAGCGACUCAGAAGCAGCUGACCUUAAGCAAGAGGAGCGUCUGCAGGAGCUUGAAAGCUGUUCAGGAGUCGGCAGCACGUCGGACGACACAGAGGUCAGAGAGGUCAGCUCUCGGCCCAGCACACCCGGACUCAGCGUAGUGUCAGGUAUCAGUGCCACAUCAGAGGACAUCCCCAAUAAGAUUGAGGACCUGAGGUCAGAAUGCAGCUCAGACUUCGGAGGGAAAGACUCAGUAACCAGCCCAGACGGAGAAGACUCGGCACACGGAGCGUGUGCCUCCUCCCAGAAUGAUUCCCUGCUGGCCAUGUUUGACCCCCUCUCUUCUGGUGAAGGUUCGUCCACAGGUACCAUUGUGCGUCCCAAGGUGCACUACAUGCGGCCUGCCCACCCCCCUCCUGACCCCCCCAUCCCGGAGGUGGGCGCCAUGGCAGCGCCCCCUGAGCCCAGAGGCAGCGCCGUGAUUGGUGCGUUUGUGGAUCUGGAGGCUGGCGGUAAGCAGCGUCACUCGUACCCGGAGCGCCUGGUGCGGAGCCGCAGUUCCGACAUCGUGUGCGGAGGCCGCCGCCCCACCAGCGAGCCCUGCCUCAACCGACGCACCAUCGCCGAGGACCGCGAGCCGCACGACACGCACCCACACACACACGCACACGCCGGAGCACACGCGCACACACACUCGCACACACACGGCCACGCGGCGGCAGGCUUUCCCGGGGGAGCCACGUCCUCACCCAGCAGAGACUCACUCAAGGGGGAGGUAGAAGAUCGUAAGGACAGUGAUGAUGAGAAGUCUGAUCGGAAUCGUCCCUGGUGGAAGAAGCGCUUCGUUCCCGCCAUUCCAAAAGCUCCCAUCGCUGCCUUCAGGAAGAGGGAUAAGCAGGAUAAGGACGAGCUCGGACCUGAACGCCUUCCACAAGAAGAGCCUCUCUCGCGGCCGAGUACCCAGGCCCAGGCAGCGGAGGACAUCUUGGACAAAUACAGAAACAUCAAGAGGACCAGCCCAGGAGACGGGGGAGCAGGGGCAGCUUACGAUGGAGCAGAUCAUGCAGGGGAUGGUGAGUGUGUGCACGACUCCCCAAGAGACGAGGCCCUUCAGAACAUCUCAACUGACGACCUGCCAGACUCCGCCAGCCAGACCGCACAGCAACACGACAAGUUCUCAUUCAGUGAUGCCAAGAAGAAGCUUCGUCUGGCUCUGUGUACAGCCGACUCUGUGGUCUUCCCUCUCAUCACCCCCUCAAGCACACGCAACGGCCUCCCAGAGACCGACCAAGAAGAUAAUGAGAUCGUGUGUUUCCUGAAGGUCCAGUUAGCGGAGGCCAUUAACCUGCAGGACAAGACUCAGAUGGCAGCGCUGCAGGAGACCAUGCGAUGUGUAGGACGCUUAGACAGCAGAACCUGCAGGAAACUACUGGCAGCCAUCGCAGAGGACUACAGGAAGCGUGCCCCCUACAUUGCCUACCUUACUCGGUGUCGUCAGGGUCUGCAGGCGUCUCAGGCUCAUCUGGAGAGAUUACUGCAGAGAGUCCUGAGGGACAAGGAAGUGGCCAACCGCUAUUUCACCACCGUGUGUGUUCGCCUCCUGCUGGAGGACAUGGAGCCCAACAUGAACGACUUCAUAGCCGCGUUCCAGGGCUGCACGGCGGCGGAUGACAAGACUGCGUCGGUGGAGGACUUCCUGCGUUACCUGUACGGGGCGAUGGCCCAUGAUGCAACUUGGCAGUUCGCCAGCGAGGACCAGCUGCAGGACGCACAGAUGGCCAUAGAACGCUCCGUCAUGAACAGAAUCUUCAAACUGGCAUUCUACCCCAACCAGGACGGAGACAUACUACGAGACCAGCUGCUUCAGGAGCAUAUCCAGCGUCUGUGUAAGGUGGUGACAGCCAAUCACAGAGCUCUGCAGAUCCCAGAGGUGUAUCUGAAAGAGGCUCCGUGGCCGUCAGCUCAGGCGGAGAUCCGCACUAUAAACGCCUACAAGACUCCUCGUGAUAAAGUCCAGUGUAUCCUCCGCAUGUGCUCCACCAUCAUGAACCUGCUCAGCCUCGCCAGCGAAUCACCACCCGGCGCAGACGACUUCGUACCUGUACUGGUCUUCGUACUCAUCAAGGCCAAUCCCCCGUGUCUGCUCUCCACAAUUCAGUACAUCAGUAACUUCUACGCGUCUCGGCUGAGCGGCGAGGAAUGCUAUUGGUGGAUGCAGUUCACCGCCGCCGUGGAAUUCAUCAAGACCAUCGACGACCGCAAGUGAAGAGGAGGAGGAGGAGAGGAGAGAAGAAGAGAGGAGAGGAGUGGAGAGAGAGGAGAGGAGAGGAGA